AUGUGCAUAGUGUUUUGGACGGUAAACGAUCCCGAGUACAGUUUAGUGUUACUGGGGAAUCGUGAUGAGUUUUUAUUGCGGCCGGCUUCGCGCGCUGCGUGGCGCUCAAGGACACGGGAACACGUUUUAGAAACUGACUUGGUACAUGGUAAUAUAUUGUGUGGUGUUGAUUUGCUCGCCGGCGGUACUUGGAUGGGCAUCACGCGUUCAGGAUCAUUUGCAGCACUUACAAAUGUGUAUGAAAUGCCAGCACCACAGCUCACGCAGGAUGGCCGACCUCUACGCUCGCGUGGCGAGCUGGUUAUGAAAUGGCUGGAUGCACAGCACAGUGAGCCAGGCUUAUCCGCUUCAGCUAUCGAUGAAAUGUACCUUUCUCGCGGCGAUUAUGGAAGCUUUAAUUUGUUAGUUGGUGACUUGUCAGAGGAGGGUGCACAUGUAAGGUACAUCUCCAACCGGACAUCAGAUCAUGAAUACAAUAACGCGAUUCGAAGCAACGAAAAUCAACGCGUGUGCGGUUUGAGCAAUAGUCCUCUUCAAAAGCCAUGGCCCAAAGUUGAGCUGGGCGAGAAACUUUUUCAGUCGGUUUUGAGUGAAGAGCGUUCGAGUCAAGCGUGUUUGAUCGAGCGCUUGUUCAACGUGCUACAAACGUCAUCGUAUACAAGACAUGUCCCAGUCCCAGAAGCAAUGCGGCACACAAUCCAUGUCUCACCCAUGAAGAUGCCUAGUAAAGCCGAUCAAAUGCACCUUUCAUCCACUCCCAAUCCCGACACGUUCGCCUGGUAUGGCACACGCACAUCGACAGUUAUACUUGUUUCACGGACAUCGCCACGUCGUGCCACGUUUGUCGAAAGAGAUAUGUACAGCUUAAGAGAUGGUACUCUUGAACCUAUUAGCUUGAAUUAUCAUGACGAGUCGGUUCGCUCUCAACACGAACGAAAGUAUGAAUGGGAACUUACGAACUAG